AGUAGGCAUAUCCGGCUCCGGUGUCAUGGCCGGCCCCUAUCCUGAGCGCGCUCCGGCUGUGGUCGGUGCGAAGAGGCAGCAGUUUGGAAGCAGGUUCCUGAACGAUCCGGCGCGCGUCUUCCACCAUAAUGCCUGGGACAAUGUGGAGUGGUCGGAAGAGCAGGCCGCCGCAGCGGAGAGGAAAGUCCGGGAGAACAGUACCCAGCGGGUGUGCCAGGAGAAGCAAGUUGAUUAUGAAGUCAAUGCCCACAAAUACUGGAAUGAGUUCUACAAAAUCCACGAAAACAGGUUUUUCAAGGAUAGACAUUGGCUUUUCACUGAAUUCCCAGAGUUGGCACCUAGCGCGGACCAAAAUGACUUUAAUGAUUGGCUCUCAGAGAACAAGAGGAGUGAAGUACCUGAAGGUAGGAGCAAGGAGGACGGACCUGGUUUAAAGACAGAAGAACAGCACAUGUGUUCUUCAGAUAGCCUUGGACAUAAAACACAGAUGCCUCCUGUGGAAGGAGAUGUAACUCAGAAACUCAGCCGCCUGGAAAUCUGUGCUGAUGAGUUCCCUGGAUCCUCGGCCACCUACAGAAUACUCGAGCUUCCUUCUGCUGUCGAGAAUCCAAUGCUCUUGUCUUUUAUGGCUACCUCUUUUAGACUUCCUGAGGUCAAGGUUGGGGAAUGUCGUGGCUACUAUUUAGCUCUGGUCAUUGCACCUUCCCUACAAGUUGGUUGUGGUGUGGGAAACACAGUCUUUCCGAUUUUACAAACUAACAAUGAUCCGGGACUUUUUGUUUACUGUUGUGAUUUUUCUUCCACGGCUGUAGAACUGGUCCAGACAGAUUCAGCAUACGAUCCUUGUCGGUGCUUUGCCUUUGUCCACGAUCUGUGUGAUGAAGAUACGAGUUACCCAGUGCCCGGGGAGAGCCUCGACAUCAUCAUCCUCAUAUUUGUUCUUUCGGCCGUUGUUCCAGACAAGAUGCAGAAGGCCAUCAACAGGCUGAGCAGGCUUCUAAAGCCCGGAGGGAUGAUGCUUCUGCGAGAUUAUGGCCGCUAUGACAUGGCUCAGCUUCGGUUUAAAAAAGGUCAGUGUCUGUCUGAAAAUUUCUACGUGAGAGGUGACGGUACUAGAGUUUACUUCUUCACACAAGAGGAGCUGGAUACGCUUUUCACUACUGCUGGACUGGAAAAGGUUCAAAACCUGGUGGAUCGCCGAUUGCAAGUGAACCGGGGGAAACAGCUGACAAUGUACCGGGUUUGGAUUCAGUGCAAAUAUCGCAAGCCUCUUCUGUCUGGUGCUGGCUGAGAUGAUGCUGAUGCUCCUGACAUGAUAGGAGUUCAUUGGAGUUUUUUAUUUUUUAUUUUUUUAAAGAUUUUAUUUAUUUAUCAUUGGAGUUUUUUAAAAAAGAACAUAUGCAAAUGGUGUCUUGAUCUUGGAAAGUUCAAGGAUUCAGACUUGAACCUUGAACCUAGGACAGAUUGCUUUUUAUCAAGAUUUUAAUAAUUGUCCUUCAUAUUUGUGAAGGCCUUUAAUAUAUACUUUCCUCAAGUUUGUUUUGUUUCUUGUUUUGUUUUGUUUUUCUUUUUUUUAAGUAGGCUCCAUGCCCAGCGUGGAGCCCAGU